GGGAUCUCGCGGGGCUCAGCGUGGCACUGGGCGGCCUGGCCGCAGGAGGCGGAGGUGGCGUUCCGUUAGUGGCGUUGGGCGCUGGCGGCCGUGGCGGCCGUCCUCUCGCCUCUGCUCACCGGGAGCCGUUCAGGCUGGAGGCAGGCCAGCUCUCGCCGCCACCUCGGUCGCAAUGGGGGCGCAGGACCGGCCGCAGUGCCACUUCGACAUCGAGAUCAACCGUGAGCCGGUUGGUCGUAUUAUGUUUCAGCUCUUCUCAGACAUAUGUCCAAAAACUUGCAAAAACUUCCUUUGUCUGUGCUCAGGGGAGAAAGGCCUUGGGAAAACAACUGGAAAGAAGUUAUGUUAUAAAGGUUCUACCUUCCAUCGUGUGGUGAAAAACUUCAUGAUUCAGGGUGGGGACUUCAGUGAAGGUAAUGGGAAAGGUGGAGAAUCAAUUUAUGGUGGAUAUUUUAAAGAUGAAAACUUUAUUCUCAAACAUGACAGAGCGUUCCUUUUGUCAAUGGCAAAUCGAGGGAAACACACCAAUGGUUCCCAGUUUUUCAUUACCACAAAACCUGCGCCACACUUGGAUGGGGUACAUGUUGUCUUUGGACUGGUUAUUUCCGGUUUUGAAGUAAUUGAACAAAUUGAAAAUCUGAAAACUGAUGCUGCCAGCAGACCUUAUGCAGAUGUGCGAGUCAUUGACUGUGGAGUGAUUGCUACUAAGUCAACGAGAGAUGUUUUUGAGAAGAAGAGAAAGAAACCAACUCGUUCAGAAGACUCGGAUUCCUCUUCCAGUUCCUCUUCCUCUUCUGAAUCAUCUUCAGAAAGUGAAAUUGAACACGAGAGAAGCAGGAGGAGAAAACAUAAGAGGAGGCCAAAAGUUAAACAUUCUAGAAAGAGACGGAAGGAAGCAAGCAGUUCAGAAGAGCCAAGGAGUAAACAUGUAGUAAGCCCAAAAGGUUGCUGUGAGAGGAGUGAUACCAGUGAAAAAAGAUCAGGAGAUUCAAAUGCUAAAAGGGAGAAGCCAGUGGUUCGCCCAGAAGAGAUUCCUCCGGUGCCAGAGAACCGUUUUUUACUGAGAAGAGAUAUGCCCGUUGUUGCUGUGGAACCAGAGCCGAAGAUUCCUGAUGUUGCACCCAUUGCCAGUGAUCAGAAACCAUCUGUAUCAAAGUCUGGUCGGAAGAUUAAAGGAAGAGGCACGAUUCGCUAUCACACUCCUCCACGGUCAAGAUCCUGCUCUGAAUCAGAUGAUGAUGACAGCAGUGAAACCCCGCCUCACUGGAAAGCAGAAAUGCAGCGGCUGAGAGCCUACAGGCCGCCCAGUGGAGAGAAGUGGAGCAAAGGAGACAAGUUAAGUGACCCCUGCUCAAGCCGCUGGGAUGACAGGAGUUUGUCCCAGAGAUCCCGAUCAUGGUCCUAUAAUGGAUAUUAUUCAGACAUGAGCACAAGACACUCUGAUAGUCACCAUAAAAAACGCAGAAAAGAGAAAAAGGUUAAGCAUAAAAAGAAGACAAAAAAACAGAAACACUGCCGAAGACACAAACAGACGAAGAAAAGAAGGGUUGUUGUACCAUCUGACAUAGAGUCCUCAAAGUCUUCUACUCGACAUGUGAAAUCCUCUUGUGAUCAGGAGAGGAGGUCCCGUUCCUCGUCGUUAUCAUCUCGGCAUUCCUCCAAGAGGGACUGGUCCAAGUCUGAUAAGGAUGACCAAAGCUCCUCAAGCCGUUCCAGCAGAGACUCCUGUAGAUCGAAAUCUCACUCACCAUCCUACUCGAGAGGAAGCUCCAGAUCAAGGACUGCAUCAAAAUCCUCAUCACGUUCACCAAGUAAAUCCAAGUCGGAGCACCAAAGGGCACCAUCAACAUCACCCAGGAGAACAGUGUCUCAGUUAAGUGAAAACAAACCAGUAAAAAUGGAGCCUUUAAGAGCAGUAGUGCCCCCAAAUGAAAACGUGGUGGUGCAGCCGCUGGUGGCAGAAAGCAUCCCUGUGAUCCCACUGAGUGACAGUCCCCCUCCUUCGAGGUGGAAGCCGGGACAGAAGCCCUGGAAGCCCUCUUACGAGCGGAUCCAGGAGAUGAAAGCUAAAACAACGCACCUGCUGCCCAUCCAGAGCACUUACACGGGAGCGAGUGUGAAAGAGACGGGUAGUUCUUCCUACCACAAGAGAGAAAAGAAUGUGGAAAGUGAUCAGAGUGCUUAUUCCAAAUACAGUGAUAGAAGUUCCGAAAGCUCAACACGGUCUAGGAGCAGGUCUUCCAGGAGUAGGUCAUAUUCCAGAUCAUACACACGGUCACAUAGCCUAGCUAGCUCACAUUCAAGGUCCAGGUCUCCGUCAUCUAGAUCUCAUUCACGAAAUCGAUUUAGUGAUCGUUCGCGGAGUAGUAGAUCAUCAUCUUACACUUCUGUUAGCAGUGAUGAUAGAAGACGAGCCAAGAGGAAAUUUAGAUCCAGUGGGAAAAAACACACUUCAAAUAAAAGGUACAGCAGCAGCUCUGAGAAGACACGCAGCAGUAGAUAUACCAGACGCCGAAACAAGUCAUCACGGCAGAGAAAAUAUAGCGAAAGUAGGUCAUCCUUAGAUUACUCUUCAGACAGUGACCAGUCCAGUGUCCGUGCUGCCCAGGAGAAGGAGAAGGGCGAAAUGGAAAUAGCAAGUGAUAAGCAGAAAGCCAGAGAAGAUGAGAAGUCUAAGCCUGAGCAGGAAUGCUCAAGUUCAAAAAAAGGAACUUUGAAAGAGAAUUUUUCUGGUCACUCCAGAAAUAGUAGUAAGCCCAAAAGGAAGCAGUACGCUGGGAGCAAAUGGGACUCCGAGUCCAGCUCAGAGCGAGAUGCAACUCGGAAGAGUAAAAGCCAUGCCCGGCCGGCCGCUGAUAAGGAGGAAGGUGAGGCCACAUCAGACUCUGAGUCUGAGGUGAGUGGCGUUCACGUCCAAGCCAGACCCAUGGCAAAAUCUGCAACCAGCGCUUCCCUGUCUGACAGCAAUGGCGCUCGGCAAGGCGGCACACGGCAGCCUUCUGCUUCCAGUUCUGAGGAGUCCUGUUCCAAUGCAGAAAGCAGUAAGGGAAAGCCACGGAAACAGACACAAGGGCCGAAGGAAGAUCUUCAAAGGGAACACAUCAGAAAGGUGAAGGAGAAAGGGAAAAAAGAGAAAAACCACAAGGCUCCAAAGCGAAAGCAGGCGUUUCACUGGCAGCCUCCUCUAGAAUUUGGGGAAGAGGAAGAGGAGGAGAUUAAUGAAAAGCAAGUUACCCAGGAGCCAGGAGAGCAAAAGGAAGUUUCGGACAACAGUAUAACUAUAAAAAAUAAUACUCCGAAAGCUGAGAAACCCUGUGGCAAGAGCAGCCUCUCAGGUAGCCAAGAUACGGCAACCGUUGCCUUAGAUUGUGAUCGGCUAACUAAAGAGGAUGGCAAACCCAGCAGAUCUCCCACCACUUCACCUGCCAAGGAAAACACAGCCAGUUCUUCAGACAUUCAGCAUGAUGAGAAAAGUGUGCCAGGUGGGGUGGCAGACGUGCUUCAGACGGAUGACAACAUGGAGAUAUGCACUCCUGAGAGGACCUCCCCGGCCAAGGGAGAAGGGACUUCCCCUGCAGGAGGGCCCCGGCCUGACACCCCCGAGACGGGUGUGCAGAGGGAGCACCCUGAGGCCGAGGGAGUGAAAGAGGAAAGCAAACUGCUGGGGGAAGCAGAGAAACAGGACGGCAGCCCUGUUGGUUUGGCCACAGUAGAAAGUACUGGCAAGAAGGAGGCAGCCGAGAAGAGCCAGAGCAGCCUCGUGGACAACAAGUGGAAGCCCUUGCCAGGUGUGGGGAACGUGGCAGCACCUGCUGCCAUGUCCAGUGCUGUGGAUGUCAAGGCCCUGACUGCCCUGCCAGAAGUGAAGCCCCAGGGCUUGAGGAUAGAAAUCAAAAGCAAAAAUAAAGUUCGCCCUGGGUCUCUAUUUGAUGAAGUAAGGAAGACAGCACGCUUAAACCGAAGGCCUAGAAAUCAGGAGAGUUCAAGCGAGGAGCAAACGCCCAGCCGGCACGGUGCUAGCCAGUCGAGGAGUGCUAGCAGAUCUCCGAGUCAGUCUGAGACGCAGUCCAGGCACAGGACGAGGUCCGGCUCCUACAGUCACUCGAGAAGUCGGUCCAGGAGUGCCACAUCGUCCUAUCGGUCGAGAAGCUACUCUAGGAGUCGGAGCAGAGGCUGGUACAGCAGAGGCCGGAGCAGGGGCCGGAGCAGUUCCUCCCGCAGUUACAAAAGCCACAGGACGUCCAGCAGGAGCCGAUCCAGGAGCAGCUCGUAUGAUCCCCACAGCCGGUCCAGGUCCUACACUUACGACAGCUACUAUAGCAGGAGUCGGAGUCGGAGUCGAAGCCAGAGGAGCGACAGUUACCACCGAAGCAGAAGUUACAACAGGCGGUCCAGGAGUUGUAGAUCUUAUGGCUCUGACAGUGAAAGUGACCGAAGUUAUUCUCGUCACCGGAGCCCCAGUGAAAGCAGCAGAGACAGUUGAAAACCAUCCAUUUUUUUAAAUACAAAUUAUAUCUUUAUUUGUAAAUAUCUGGUAACUUAAAAGGUUAAGAAACUUAAUGGUAGUCUGUUGUUCUAUUUCCCUAUUAGAGGUGAAUUUCAAAAACUCUUCUUGAUACUCAUUAAUUUACAUGUACACAGAAGGUUUAAAAUACAGAUAUCUCCUAAAAAUAUUUUUAUGCCACAUUUUACAGUAGCCAACUAUAGACAUGAAUUUUGUUUUCUUGAAUCAAGAAAUUAUGAAAUUUACCACAUAUACUUUGCAAUAUUAUUUUGGGUAGACUCUCUUCAUUCCUUGUAUCCCUUGGAAUAGAUUGUUCUUAUGGGUUUUCAGGUUUCAGCAUAGAAACUGCCAAGUGUAGGGCUGUGAAGAAAUGCUCACGGUGACCGACCGUCCAGUCAUUUCCAUUUACUCCUAGACACGCCCCCGACCCCAGCCCCUACCCCCGGGUCGACACAGUAGGGCUCUGGGUCACUGCCUCCUUACUGCUCUGCAGUCUCAGAGGAUGAGGAAGGGUGAGCGUGUUGCCCACGGUCUGCCUUGGGGCCUGACCGCUGCCUGGGGUGAGGCUAGGAAGAGGAGUCAGCCUUAACCCUGUAUCCCUGCAGUGUCUCUGAGGACUUGGUAUUUUAUGUGCUUUUUAAUAGAUGCUAUCAUAAGUCUUGAUUGUAAAACAUCCUCUUCCAGUUCAUGCUUCGGUGCUCGGUACCUUGGGGUGCCUUGGUAAGCAUUAUUAUAUGCUUUAUAUUAGAAUACUGUCAGAGACAAAAAUGAUUUUUUAAAAUUUUACUGGCCCCCAAAAUGGUUUCUUCUGAGCCAUCUUCACUUUGAUUACUUAAGGGGCUUCUCUCAAACACAGUUGUGGUUUGGGGGUCCCCGCAUAGGCAGGAUUGGCAGCACAGUUGGGGGUCACUCAGGUCUGCUGCCCAGGGGUGUUUCUGGAGGAAUCGGUUGGAGAGCGUGCUCCCACAGUGAUGCCCGCUCUGGAGCAGAGUGCAGGCCUGUCUUUCCAUCUUGCGUGUGAGGGCUGCACUGCCUGCACAGCUGCUGUUGGAACCAUGAGUGAACCUAGGACCAGAGGGGAUAGCGUGCUGUGUUCAUUACCUGUCUUCAUGGUGUUGGGUGGGUUCUCCAGAGACCAUUGACCUAUAAAAUGUUGUAUAUAUGUCUUUUUAAAAGAAAUGUUUAGGUUUUUUUUGUCCUCAAGUGUACUUAAUCACCUUAGUGCCAGUUUAAUAUAGUUAUGCAGAAGAAAUUCAUAUUGGAUGUUCGCUGUCCAACUUGGUACCUUCCUGCCCCAGGCCUCACCUGGACUCCUAGGGAAGCCAGGAAGGGUCCUAGGUGGAAGGAGGGGAGACCGUGGACAUCCUGAACUGUCACCCAGACGGAGAAUGUAAACAGGGUUAGGUGGGCAGUUGCCUGCCAAGUUGCAAUAGACUGAAGUGUGCUAGAAAACACUAAGGCAAAGAAUGACCUGAUAGGAACACAACACAGUGUCUGAUUCAUGUGAAGGAUUUUCAGAAGUUGCCUGCACAGGAGACUUGCUUCCCACUGCCCAGUGGGCAGAUACAUAUUCAGAACGCCAACAAGCUGCUGGACCUAGUUAGGCUAGGAAAGUUACUUUGGAGAGCGUAUCAGCUUUUUGCUGUAUGAGAAAGUACCUCAAGUUUAGCAGUGGAAUGCAACACCCGUGUACUAGCUCACGGCUGUGUGGCUCUCGGUCCUCCAUGGGAUGGCUGGAGCUUCCUGCUCAGGGUCCCACAGAAUGGACCCCCAGGGUUGGAAUGAAGCAUUGCUUUCACGGCACUGGGCCAGACUCACUCAGGGGCAGACUUGUGUUCCCUGCUGGCAGUCCUGUGGGCUAGGCACGGGGUUCCUGGGCUCUCCAAGACUGCCUGCCUUCCUGCUGCUGGGGUCCCCUCCAUCUCUGAACCAGCAGCAAGCCCUCAAGCCUUUGUCUUUGUCAUGAUGCAGGUCCCUCUCCUCUGUUUUAAGGGUCCAUGCCAUUAGAGCAAACCCACAGAGAUCACCUAUUUUAAUUUAAGGUCAGUUGUGCCAUAGAACCUAACAGAACUGCAAGAGUGAGGGCUCAUCAUUUCCACAGGGUCAGGGAUUAGCACAUGGAAGGGGUGGGGGUGUGGCAGAAGUCUCCUCCAUAGGCAGUGAGUAGUUGUGCCCAUCUCGGCUGUGGUUGGGGCCCAACCCUGAAGGGGCAGCCCUGGAAGCCCCUUUCUACAAGGGAGAGGCCAGCCCUCCACUGCAGUGACCCCUUGUGCUGAUUGAAGUGAACUGCAGGAACAACUUCUCCCUAAAGAUAAUUGCUCUGUAUUGUGAAGUUAUUUUUUAAUAAAACUGAAUUAUGUUGUGUAUUGUGCUUAAUAGAAAAUGCAUUUUAACUGUUUUUGUAAUGUUCUGUUUACUGCAAAUGAAAUAUCGAUAUUGUUCAUAAACUGUAGAAGAUACUUUUGUACAUAUUAGCAAUGUCUAAUUUGUAUACAUGUGACAUAAACCUCCCCAAGACUUGAAAGAGGAUCUUACAAAAAUUAAAGUGUUUAGUCUGAC